CAGAAUGACAUGGGACAGAAGGGCAAUGUGAGAUGGAGUGACAGAGAAUGGAGUGACAUGGGACAGGAUGACAUGGGACAGGAUGACAUGGAACAGAUCAAGAAGGAAGAGAUCGAGAUAGACAUCUCUGAGGUAGAGGCUCUUCCCAGCUCCCUGGAUAUUCCCCCUGAGGUGACCAACAUGGGAGAGAUCAAGGAAGAAGAGACCAAGAUGAGCAUCUCCAAGAAAAAGGAUUUGGAUGGCAGUUUCACCACCUCAGAAAUGCAUCCAAGAGCCCCUGGCACCCAUGUCCCAGUGCAGCGGGUGCAGUCAGUACGAGGCCACCCAGGAUCCCAGAACCUCUGGAUCCCAGCCGACAGCAUGGCUGGGCCUAGCAGUGGCAGUAGGCUCCCAGCAUCCAAGGAGGCACAUGGAGGAGGCGGCGUCAGGAUGGAGCCAUACCCAGCUGAAGCUGGACUGACGCUCCUGAGGGUGCCCUCUUCCGAGUACUCACCUUGUGAACCGCUUGUGAAGUUGCCUGGCCAACGCUCUGACUUCAUCCCGUCCACGCCACCGGCGUCCCCCGGCCUCUCCAUGCGCCUGCCCCAUCUGCGCAGGCAGGAGCCCAGGGAGCAGGCAGCCGAGGGCUAUUACCGCAGAUCACCGAUGUACUCCGGCGGCAAACACACCAGCGCCAGCCCCAUGCAGCCCAUGGAGCCCCUCCUUCCAGACCCCAACAUGGUAGGGAUGGGGACGGUGGGGACGAGGCUGGGAGAGUGAUGC